CAAAAUUCUCUUGUGCAAGAAAAUUUUGUGUUGAGCAUGUACAUGUUGAUGUAGGAAGAUCAACAAAAUGGUCCUUGCCAUCUUACAGUAACUGUUACACUUUCACGCUACGGCGUUACUGUAGAUCCAUUUUGAUCUCUGUCAGGAAUUGUUUGUAGGGAAUGGCAGCCAGAGGAGAGAAUUUGCGCGAAGCUUGCUGCAUUGGUGACUACGACGCCGUUCGUGGAAUCCUGGCGUGCAAUGUUGACGUGAAUUCUCAGAAUUCAACGAAUGGCUGGACAGCACUGCAUUGGGCAGUGCACCGGGGUCAUGGACGCGUCGUUUCUCUCCUACUCACGCAUGGAGCCGAUCCGAAACUGGCCAAUAGCAAAGGCCAAACUCCUGCAGAUCUGGCGAAGCGUGAUGACGUCAUUCAGCUCUUGGGUGGCCAAACUCCAAGUGAAUCCGAUGUAAAGUCUUCUGGUGGAUCCGCAAAUCAGGAUGGAUCUGGAUUUCAGCCGAAUUACUUGAAACACCCACAAUUAGUGUACCGACCACCGCAGAAAGAAGUGGAAGCGCCAGUACAUGCAUCCCCGUCCACAGCUGCACAGCUCGCCACGGCCGUGGGCUCAUCUGAAGUACCUCCCCGCACAGCCGCUGCUGCGCCCGAAUCUAAAGUAAUCUCAACGACAAGUACAUUAGCUCCUAGUAUGAAUGACAGUAGUACAUGUAGUAGUAGCAGUAGUAGUGAUCUUGUGGUGAAGGUGAGAGUUGUAGAUAGCGGUGAGGAUGACUUUGUUGAGGUGGAUGUGGCCACACGCACUUUCAGCGGUCUUGUGCAGGCGUGUGCCGAAGAGCUGGAGUUUGAUGCCACGUCCGUGGCCAAGGUACGGCGUCUACCGAAUGUUCUCGUUCGCAAGGAUCGCGACGUUGAGCGGCUAGUCUCUGAGUGUGAACUGGAGGUUGUGCUGAAGACGUGAGUAUGUGGCACACUGUCUUCCUUUGAAUGACUAGUUUGCUUGCAGGCCCACAUUGUUACGGAGUGGUGUCGGUGUUGCCAGUUUCAGCUACGAACAUCUGACCUAGAUUGUGGACAAUACAGCUAUUGUAUGUUCUUUGUAGCAACAUGCACACACACAGCAAUGAGGAGACAAGGUCAGGUCAGCACAUGUGCACCUUUGCUGCACUUGGUGUUAUGCAGCUCAUCAUGGUCCCAUGCUGGUGUUGAACAGCUCAAUGAACCUGUCUACAAGAUGCGGUAUGCUGUAUGCAGUGGUGUACACUGUACGUUGUACUUGAAGCCAAGCUACCUGCUGUGCAGUACAGGAAGUAUGGUUGCACUAGUAUGCUGUCUACCGUAUCGGUGUGUGUGUGUGUGUGUGUGUGUGUGCGUGCGUGCGUGUGUGUGUGUGACAGCACAAGCUGUGCUCAAACCGGUGGUACAGAGCACAGAGGGGCAUCGUGCAGAGCCAUUGGGCCGUCCCAGGCCGGGCCCUUUUCCAGCUGCAGGUCUCGGCUGGCUACAGGCAGGGCAUGUGUUCCGAACUACAAGUGCCUCGCAACACCAGCAGCUACUCUCAGCCCUUUCAUAACUAACUUCAGUGGACCAAGCAUGCGCAUCAGCUGAGGAACUGGCGCCUUGCGAAACAACAAAGAGUAUUAGCACGUGGAAGCGGCAGAUGUGUAAAAGACCUGCUCGUAAGGAGCGAUAGAAAAUUAUAAUGUGAAUAGUGUUCUUAUCUGUGAUGAUGUCCAUCAUACUUCAUAAUGUUGUUCAUCGAUAUCUUAUAGUCUCCGAGCUACAGUGCAACUCAUUACCAAAUUAAUAUCAGCAACUACAAUUUGAAUCCUCGUACGCAAAGUCAAACAGACUGUUGAAAAAUUCUUCCAAUUGUUCUUUUCCAAGAGAGCUUUUCGAAGUUGCCACAAGAAACUAGCUACGUGGCGGGUGCUUGGUUUGGCUCCACACGGCUGGGUUGUGUGUGUGAAAA